AUGGCCGCAUGUGCCUUCGAACCAAGCCCAAGACUACCUUUGGGCUCGCCGACAUCAUUGCAGUCAACCUACGAUGGAGACUCCUCGCCCCUCCGAUCCAGCUCUUUGCCUUGCUCGCCACUUCGGAAGUCCACCACUGCGACGGCCUCCUUGAAGCUGGAAGGAACCCCGACGCUUCGGCAGCAGCAAGCUUCUCGGUAUCUUGAGGCUGCGCGCAAGACGGCAAAUUUUGCCGAACGGAGCCGACUGAUCAAUGACUUGGUAGCUUCCAACAUCGCAGACGAUGUUGAGGGACUGAGUGCGGCGAAAGAACAGCUCCAGGUGGUUCAGAAGAGGCUUCAAGUCCGUGAAGCCUGCAACUUCGAGGGCUUCGCCACCCGGCGCAUUCAAAGCGCGCUGCGCUUGGCAGCCUACGAUGAGCGCAGAUGGCCGGCCCUGGAUGCAGCUGUGGAAGCUGGCGAAACGGCCACGGACAGGUUAAAGGGCGCACAGUUGUCAAGAGCCAAGAAGCUUGCCUCGCUGACUCGAAAGUUGCUCAGCCAUUGGCAGACUGGGAUGGUUGACAGAUUGCAGGAGGUGGUUGACUCGCAAGAUCUGGAACAACUGAAGACUCUGCAGCCUUGGGCAGCAAGAGCCCAACUCACAGACCACCCAGAGGGUGCAGAGCUUGUGCAGCGCAUGGAGAAGCUCAGCAGUGCGACUGCGGCUCUGCAAUCCGCGCUCGACAUCGGAACUGGACCUGCUUUCAGGGAAGCGCUUUGGAAGUCGGAGGAGGCUGUUCUGGAUCCAGCUCGCUGCGAAAUGCUUCAGAGAGUGGAAGCUGCCUACGGGCCGAUCCGUUCCCGCAACCUGGGACGCUGGGCGGUUCUGGCUGCGAGAACGAACGGUGCAAAGGAGUGCCUCCAGGAAGCGCUUGUGGUCGCCCAGCGAUCUGGUAUCAGCACAGAGACCGUUUCCCGGUCGUUGGAGACGGCAGUCAGCGCCAGAGACAUGCUUUCCCAGAUCGCGCAACUGACAGUGGCCAGCAGGGAGGACGACAUCUCGAAGCUGGAGUCUGCGAUCCAGAGCACCAAGCAGGAUGCGAAAACGGGCCGGCGCCGCUCAAUAGAGAAACUGCUGGCUGAGGUCCGGAUGGAGGCUCUGGAACGAUUAUUCGACAGCAAGCAGAAAGCCAAGGUGCUGGAUGAGAUCAAGGCGACUGCGGCCAAGCGUGCAACGCAGGUCUUGCAGGAGCUGCCCAAGAAGAUUCAAGAUGCCGGAAAGCUCAGGAUGUCCGGUGACGUGAAAGAGGCCACGCGGUUGUACAAGAAGGCGCUGCUCGAAAAGGAAAUCCGAAGUGCCAUGGUCCUGUCGGACGGCCAUGCGCUGCAGACAGCUAUUUCCAAAGCAGGCUCUUCCGCGCAUCUAGACAGUUUGGAUCCGAAGCUCUUGGAAUCUGCUCGCGCCGCCUUGCGAGAAAUGACUCUGCUGGAUCAAGCGCGCGAGUGUGUCAAGAGCAAUGAUACCUGGGCCGAGUUGGAUGCAGCUUUUGCGAAGCUGAUACAGGAGAACUUUCCAGAAGGUCUGCGGUCUCAGAGCACGCUGGGCCGCGCACAGGCCCAGAUAAAGACCAUGCGGGAGAAGCUGGUCGAGUUGGAGGAGCUGAUCAAGCAGCCCAUCUCUUUCGAGAACAGUUCCAGCUUGCUGCAAGAGAGUGGCAUGAGACAGCUGCGACUGGUGCUGGACAUUCUUCGUCCACAUCCCUAUUUCGCGGUGGUCAUUGAGUAUUCAUCUUCGCACAUGGCUGGCGAGCGCAUGAAGACGGUUCAAGACUUGCUGCGGAAGAGCUGUAGGAACCAGUUGACCCCGAAGCAGACGGCGGAGAAGAACAGGCAGGUGAAGUUAUUGUGUGAUGUGGAGAAGUGCAACCCAGAGAUCAAGGCAGCUCUUGUAAAGAUGCUCCAAAAGUUGCUCGGUGCAUCAUCUAGCAGGAUGGUUGGCACAGUGGACUGGGUCGUUCAACCAUGCUGGGAUGGCACCGUCACCUACGUGUCAGCGUGCUGGCCCUUCGCAUGGCGACCAAGCUGGUUGCAGCCGCGAAAGGAUAUCGGCAACGUGGUGCGGGAGAGACUAGUCACGGGCCACGCCUUGUAUGAUCGCAAGCGUGGCAGUAACGUGGACAUAAAGUCCUUAUUCUUUGCCCCAGAUCCGAACCGUUGCAUGAUGAAGUCGUACACGAACCUGAAGAAGCUGGGCAGCGGUGCCUUUGGUUCUGUCUACAAAGCCCAAUGCCGCCUGACUGCAGAGUGGCGGGCCAUCAAGAAGCUUCCGCUGUCCGAUGUUGAGGAUGACAUGGCUUUCGUCUAUGCGGAGCUUGAGGCCAUGAUUCACCUGCACCACCCCAACGUGGUCAAGUUCUACGAGCACUUCGAAGAGGAGAGCGCUAUUUUCCUUGUCACUGAGCUUUGUGAUGGUGGCGACUUCUCGGAGCUGAACCACGGGAUUGACGAUCCUCAGGAAGUGAAGCUGUUGAUCCGGGACGUGGUGAAGGCACUCGCGUAUUGCCACGACCACGGGGUUGCGCACCGAGACUUGAAGUUUGAGAAUUGCCUCAUAAAGGAGAGCAUUCGUGACUACAGGGUGGGAAAGGUCAUCGACUUCGGUCUCUCAGCGAUCCGGGCUAGAGGAGAAGAGGAGCACACCUGGCUAAACGACCAGCUGGGCACUCGUUUCUUCGUUGCGCCCGAAGUGAUCGACAAAAGUAUCCCUUAUGGCUGCAAGUGUGACUGCUGGUCCUUGGGUGUGAUGUUGUACAUCAUUCUUACGGACGAGCACCCGUGCUCUCCUGAUGCCCACAAGUUGGACACAGCAGGGCUCUUUGGGAAGAUUCUGACCGGAAGAAUUCGCUCUAGGCCGCUGCAGGAGGCAGAUGUGGACGACGACGCAGCAGAGCUCCUUUUUGGUCUUCUGGAGAAGAACCCGGAUGCUCGUCUGGAUGCGCAAGCUGCCUUGAGAAGUCCGUGGCUGUCUAGGGUGCAGGACUCGCGGCCCAAGCUGCUGCAUAGUCCAUCGUCAUCCGAUCCAGACAUCAAGAGCUCUCAUCAUCUUUCUCCCAUAUCGCAGGGACUGAUUCGAAGGUUGGCAACCUUCCGGCACUACUCCAAGUUCGAACGGGCGGUGCUGACGCUAGUGGCUCACCGGUCCGAGGAUACAACUGUAGCCGAGCUUCGGGAUGCUUUCCACACGUUGGACGCGUCACAGUCAGGCUCUCUGAGCAAGAGCGAGAUCAAAGAAGGCAUCCUCCGCUGUGGUCAUGUCGUGGAGGAUGCGGAAUUGACUGAAAUUUUCUCGGCCUUGGAUGCCGACGGCACAGGAAAAGUUCACUACACGGAGUGGCUGGCAGCGACAAUGCAGCCUUCUGCCUUGGCAACCGACAAGGCCAUCAAGCAGGUGUACCACUACCUGGACAUUGAUCAGACUGGUCAUAUAGCUCCCCAUGAGCUUCAGAGGGUGCUGGGUUGCAGUGACUCGGUGCAGAGCGUUCUGAAGCUUGGGGACACGGAUGGUGACAGCCUGAUCAAUGAAUCUGAAUUUCGUGUGCUCAUGCGCAACUUGGCGAAAAGGCUCGACCAAAUGGACCUCCAUCCCAAAAGGCUAGGUUUUCAUUUGCCUGAGGCAAACAGCUUAAAUAGCAUGCAUCAACUUUAA